AUGACUAAGUCAUUCAUCAAUUUGAUCACUCCCUCUUUUCAUCUCAGAACUAUCAAAUUACUGUACUUGAAAUUUCUAGUAUGCGGUAAUUUGCUGUCUUUUCUGUGGCUGGGUAAUGUUUUUCGGGUUAACCCUCACGGAGUUUUCAACUUUCUUGAGCUGAAUCAUAAUCUACACUUCUUAUCUAGACCACAUUCCUGGAGGUCCUUUCAAAAAGACAAAGAGAAUUACCUGGAGCAAGUAAUGAAAUUUUCUCAUUCCCUUCAGUUUAACGCUGUUCCAGAAUGGUCCUCUAAAUAUAUUGCAUAUUCACAUCUAAAAAAAUUAAUUUAUUCCCUACAAAAGGAGAAACUUUACAGUUCAUCAAGUUCUCAUCUACAAUUGGAUGAAGAAUGUCGACCUCUAGUUGCCUCUACCGAUGGAAAUCUCUACACAAAUGACAUCUAUGUUUCAAGAUUUGUAGAGGCACUGGAUCACGAAUUAAAGAAAAUUGAUAAAUUUUACAUAUCGCAAGAAACUGGACUUGUAGCAAACUACAACGAACUAAAAGAUGAUGUCAAAGAGUUUGAGACUGAUCUUCUAAAUAAUAGACUUCCAAGCAUUAGCGAUGCCCUUCCUCGUCAAGCAAUGAGAAGACGUCGUUUUAGCAGUAUUUCAUCUGCAGAUUCAAAUGCCUCGGAUGCACAAUUCUCUAUAGAGUCUGCUCCAGCUAUGGAGGAUACCCUAAAUUCAGGUGUUCUUGACUCUGAAAAUGAAAUAUACGCUUCACAAUCGAGAACAACUGGAGUCUCGCAAUAUAUUUCUCCAUUACUCCAGCAUAAGGUAACUUUGAAAAAAAGAUUGGUUGCCAUAUAUACACAAUUAUCCGAAUUGAAGGAGUUUAUUGAAUUGAAUCAGACAGGGUUUUCAAAAAUUUGUAAAAAAUUUGACAAAUCACUAAAUACAAGUAUAAAGUCAAGUUAUCUGGAAACAAUUAAGAAAAAAUCGUCAGUAUUCAAGCCGGAAACAUUGAAAAAGGUUACAGAGACGAUUACAGAAAUUAUUGUUACAUAUGCACGUUUAAGUAGGGAUACGUUUACUAUUGCUACGGAUGAUGAUGAAAUGGUUGCUUACGAUAAUGCUGAGAAAGAGUUAUCUUCUCAUUUAAGAGACCAUGUCGUUUGGGAAAGAAAUACGGUAUGGAAAGAUAUGAUGAAUAUUGAAAGAAAGUCUCAAAAUGUCAAAAGUGAACGAAAAGAUCUUACAAAAUACGCAAACAGAAGACUACAUAUAAAGGAAAAUGAACAUGGUAGAACUAUGCAUGUAGACGUUGUGCGUUCUGACACACCAGAGGCCCCAGCAACAUUGAAGGAGGCGCUCAAUUUAUCAUUGUAUCAAUAUAUGCGUUUAUUGUUGAGUUCUGCGUCUUUGAUCAAGCUCGUUGUCAUAACUUCGAUCUUUGUUGGUACUCUUUAUAUCUCACCAUUUGAUGAUACGCUACAAAAGAAUUGUUUCGCCAUUUUAGUAUAUGCAUCUUUACUGUGGGCAACAGAAACUAUUCCGCUAUUUGUUACUUCUUUACUUGUGCCACUACUGAUUGUUGUUUUCCCAGUACUAAGGGAUCCAAUAAGUGGGGAUCCAAUGCCACCUGUGCAAUCAUCUCAAUUCAUUCUUUCAUCUAUGUGGUCUAGCGUGAUAAUGUUAUUGCUGGGUGGUUUUACAUUAGCGGCUGCUUUAUCUAAAUAUAACAUUGCUAAAGUUCUGUCCACUCAUAUUUUGUCCUCCGCAGGAACAAACCCGCAUAUAAUAUUGUUAACGAAUAUGUUUGUUGCAUUAUUCGUAUCUAUGUGGGUGUCUAAUGUGGCUGCGCCAGUAUUGUGCUAUUCUAUUAUUCAACCAUUAUUACGCACCCUCCCAAGACAAAACUCGUAUCCAAAAUCUUUAAUAUUGGGGAUCGCACUUGCCUCCAAUAUAGGUGGUAUGGCUUCACCGAUAGCUUCACCCCAAAAUAUAUUUUCCAUCGGUUUAAUGAAUCCUCCACCAUCAUGGGGAGAAUGGUUUAUUGUCUCUUUGCCUAUUUGUUUUAUAUGUAUCCUAGGAAUUUGGCUGAUCUUAAUGUUGACGUUCCCACUCGAUGCUUCGGUAAAGAUAUUACCAUUUCACCCUAUCAAAGAUCCAUUCACAUUGACCCAAUGGUUCGUUACUAUAGUAUCUAUUGGUACAAUUAUCUUAUGGUGCCUUUCAAAUCAAAUAUCAGGAAUUUUUGGUGAGAUGGGUAUUCUUUCUAUAAUACCGCUCGUGAUUUUCUUUGGAACUGGGUUAUUGACCUCAGAUGAUUUCAACAAUUUCAUGUGGACUAUUGUCAUCCUGGCAAUGGGUGGUACAACAUUGGGUAAGGCGGUAACUUCAUCGGGACUGUUAUCAACUAUUGCCGGUGUUAUAAAGGAAACCAUCGAAGAUAAACCAAUAUUUGUUAUUGUGUUAAUCUUUGGACUUGUAAUUUCAAUCAUGGCUACUUUUGUCUCCCAUACCGUCGCAGCAAUGAUUAUUGUACCGUUAAUGAGCGAGAUUGGUUCUAACUUACCCUCUGGUGAUCAUUCCAGAUUAUUAAUAAUGAUUGCUGCCUUACUUUGUUCAAGUGCUAUGGGCCUACCAACUUCUGGGUUUCCAAACGUCACAGCAAUAUCCAUGGUUGAUGAAAUUGGAGAUAGAUAUCUGACAGUGGGAACGUUUAUUACAAGAGGUGUUCCAGCUAGUAUAUUAAGUUAUCUAGUUAUUGUAACUGUUGGGUAUGGUAUGAUGAAACUGGUUGGAUAUUAA